UCUUUCUAUUGAUUUUCUCCUCCUAUAUGUUCUUUUUUUUCUUUGUAUAACAUUAUACCUAAUUCGAACAAAUUUGUGAUUGAGGUGUAAUUGAUUGAUGAAUUUUUCUGUCCUUUUACUAAUUUUGGGUCAAUGAUAAAUACUAAGAUUAAUAAAGUUUAUUUUUCUGUGGAUUUGCUGAGUGUAUUGGAAGGACCCUUGGUGUAAUUGGUAAAGUUGCCUCCAUGUGACCUGGAGGUCAUGCCGUCAUGGGUUCAAACUGUAGAAACAACCUCUUGCAAAAAUGUUGGGUAAGAGUGCAUACAAUAGAUCUUUGUGGUCCAGCCCUUUCACGAACCCCGUGCAUAGCGGAUGCUUAGUGAACCUGGCUGCCCUUCUAUUAUUUGCUGAGUUUGUCCAUGUCUUCUCUUGGUACUUUUAGUACACAGAAUAUGGAAUUGUUGGGAUCGUUAACUUUAAGUUUUGCUUAUGGUGUAGAAGACUUCAAGUUCUAUCUUUUCCUCAGUAUCAUUUUGAUGGAGUUAACUGGUAUUGUCUAGUAACAAUAGUAGUAUCAUUACAAAGAUAAAUACUGUUGAAAACGCACUUCAUAUCAGUUUGAGAGCUGAAUGUGUAGCCUCCAAGACCAAUGAAUUGGCGUACUGUCAAGAACUAUAUUAGCUAGAGUUAUCACCUCAUACCCGGAGAAUCAAAUAUGUAAUGGUAAUCCCUUGAGAACAAUAAUUCAUACAAGUGUGCUUACUGAAAGUAUUAUACCUAAUAUUUUGUAAUAAAAUCAUUUGAGGCCUGCUUUUAGUUCAAAAUUUAUGCCAUAUUAUAACUUGUCUAACCAAAACUUACUAUAAAGCUUCCACUUGAAAAUAAUUUACCCAAAGAAUGGUUAUUGGGUUUUAAGGACAGUAGUAUGAACAUACAUAUCUCUGCUUUCUAUCAAUUAGUACAUCUGUGGGUGGAGAGACUUAUUGAAAUGUCUUGGAUGCGUGCAAUUGCUAGUUUGCUACUGUAAAAUCAAUAAAUAGAACACCGAUGAUCUUUAUCAAAAAAUCUGUGGUGAUUAUGCUUGUAUGAGGAUCUUGGAGUACUUUGGAAAGUAUAAUUAGGAAAACUAAUGCUGGGCUUUGGGUUUGGACUUAAGGAAUAAGUUGUUUAACCCUCCUAUGACUCAAAACUUGAGGAAACAAAUAUGGCUAAUUGUUUACAAAUGUACCCCCAUGGUAAAUAACCACUUUACUUUUUUACUUUGAAUUCAGUAAGUCACUUAACUUGCACUCUUCUUAGCAUUAUAUGCUUAGCCUUGAGGCAUAUGAACCUUUAGGCCAUCGUUGUGUAUUUUGCUGAGAAUUGUGUUUUCUUCUAAUCUUGCCUGUUUCAAGUAUAAGCUGAAUUACAAGACACUUUUUUGGUUUAAAUUAGAUAACCAUGCCAAUUCUCUGAAGUGAUGAAGCAUUUCCUGUUUAUUAAUUAUGUUGCUAUAGAAUGAAUGCUACUAUAAUCAAGAAAAUUCAUGAACCAUAUUAAAUGGAUCAAAGAUUUCAUUUUAAGUACACAAUGUUGAUACUGAUUUGCCUGUUAUUUGACAUUUGGAAGCUGCUAUGCUGCUCUUUUGGGAAGUUCUCCAAUAUCUACUCUAAUUUAGUCCCUAAUGGUAGAGGUGAAGUUGGACAAUGAUAGUAUGUACAAUUUGUCCGCUGAGUAUUUGAGAAUAUCUAGCCCAGCUGUUGAUAGUACAAUUAGAUCAGUUGGUGGUGGGAAGGUCAUAUAUGGGAGGCGACACACGGGGAUCGCUUCUUCUGAACCUAUUGGAAUUAUGGAGUUAGGUAAUUGUUCGAUGACUUGCAUAAGACUGGCAUUUUCAUGUGGGGCUACCUCUACCUCUCACGAGAGAUUACAUCAAAAGUCUAAAGAAACAUGACUUAGCCGGAUCCUCCCAGAAGAAAGUGAUUUUUAAAAACACCAUGAAUAUGCAAAUUGUACAUUGAUAAAACACAGUAUUUAUGGUUAGAAGACAAUCUUCGCACGUGCACAAAGUGGCAGGACAGAAACUAGCCCCUAACGUAGCAUACGUGCACUCGAAUUUGUGGCAUUUUAUAAGCUAUGCAUAUUUGAUGUAUCCAAUGAAACUACAACGCCCAAAAGCAGAAUUCCAGUUGAAACGAAAGAUACAAUGGAAGUUGCAUAUGACAUACAGUGCUUCCAAGUCCAUUCCCAGUUGGAGUGUUAAAAUAUCCAUUCCAUUGCAUGAAGUUACGCAACUUUUCAAUCUCUGGUUUGUUUGCUGUUACUGUAGUAGUUGCAAGAAUUGAUGCAAAUGGGCAGGUUAAGCAACUCUGGACUGCUGAAACAGCAUGAGAUACGAAUGGACAUGGUUUUGUGAUGCCCCGUUGAAGAUGAGGCAUGUAGAUGUUACGAAACUAUUUCUAAUGAUGCAGACAUCGACCAACAUAUUGCUGAUCAGUCACUGCACUGUUUAGAUUUUUGCAAGUACAAAAUUAGAAUGUCGUUAGCAUGUGAAAAAAUAGCAGUUGAACUAUAGUAGUUGCUAAUAAUAGCAUUUUUUUUUGGGUCCAGCCAUUUGAUAUAGCUCUUUCAGUUUUGGUAGAUUUCAGAUGCUUUCCUAUGCAAAAGCUGUUGCUAUUCUUUUUCACUUGAAAAUAUGACAUUAUAACAGCUGGUGGUUCAGCCAGUUGCAUUUGUUUGUUGCAAAUCACAUGACAUUUGAGAAACAAAAAGGCAUAACCUUACGUUUUCUUCUGCUUGCUGUGCAAUAUGAGCUCCACAUAGAAGAAGCGCAGUACUUUAAUAUGAUGAUCACAAAUCUACCUAAACACACACAAAACGUCAUCUUACUCGUAAUGUAUUUGGAUUAUUUGCAAACUAUAUACAUUUGUUACAAUGUAACAUCCAUGAGCGAAAACAACAUAAUAUCAAAAUCAUCUGCCACUUGAAAUUUUCCAAAACAAUUUAAACUUUUGAAGUAUGAACGAUAAGGCCCCACCUUCUACUGAAAAAGACCUAAACUUUCUGUCUUGGUCAAGUAAGCAGAAUUAACUUUUUUCCUUUUUGCCUCAGCAAGCAGGGGAGGGGGCCUACACCUUUAAACAACGUUUCUCUUUUACACUUUUUUCCAUUUGAAUUUCAAAUUUAAAUGCCCAGAGAUCCAUAAAAAGUUUGUGUGUAUGUGUGAGAGAGAAAAUUUACAUGCUAUAAUUAUUAAGGGAGAGAAAACAACAACAACAGAACAGUAAUCCUAGUAAUAUUUUCUAGUAACAUUCUUUAGUACUGUUUCAGGUUCCUCAGUUUGUUUUGUUGUUUGUCCUGUAAUGGGAGAUUCAGCUUGUCUUAUGCAUGCCUUCUCUUAUGCUUCUGCAUUACCACCUAAUGAAGCUAAGCAGGGCAACCACAUGCAUGCUCUAGGGGAGUCUAUUUCUUUUGGGAGAUUUACGACGGAGUCGUUGGCAUGGGAUAAAUGGUCUGCAUUCCCUCACAAGCGUUAUGUUGAGGAAGCAGAGAGGUAUGCUCAACCAGGUUCUGUUGCUCAGAAAAAAGCUUUCUUUGAAGCUCAUUACAAGAAAAUUGCUGCCCAAAAGGCUGCAGCUUUGCUUGAACAAGAAAAUACCCAACAAGAUACUCUAGCAGUGGAUCCCAAUGUAAAUAGUUCCAUGGAAGGAGUUGCUGAUGUGAAGGAGAAAGAAAAUGUCGCGCCUUUAGCGCGUGUAGGUUCAUUGAAACAACCUCAAGAAACAUUUUCAGGAUCAGAGCUUAGUGAAACAUCUUAUACAGAGAAACCUUUGCUGAAGCAGAGUUCCAGUUCUAAGCAAGACGAUGACGUUACAUCUGCAAUGAGCAAGAAAAAAACAGCUCUCUCUUCAUUUAAAUCAUCAGUUCACUCUAUAAAGUCUAAAAUUCCACCUUCACCAGCUAGGCAUAACAUGUCUCGUCUUGUCAAUAAAGAAAACAAUUUCACUCCAAUCACAAAGAAUCCCACAUCAGCGUUGGCAAAUGAAAAGAAAUCAACCUCGAAAUCUUUGAGCAGAUUGAUUAAUUUCACUCCUGCCAAAGAGACAGAUAAGGUGCCUCCUCCUCCCCCUCCCACAUUCAAGAAGGAAAGCUCAAAGCUCGUUUCCAAUGCCGCGAAGAAGUGUAUAACUCCUCUCAAGACUCCUGCGGAAACUUCUGAUGGUGCAGUCAAACAUCUCAUGACAACCCCAUCUUCUGAAAAUAGAAGGAUGGAAACACCAAUUCAUCCAUCAGCCUCAGGAAGUCAAACAACUGGUCCUAAAUGGAAUAUAUUGUCAUCUGUUUGUUCCAAGUCUUUAACAGCCUGCCGUAACAAACUACAAUCUCCCUCUUUAUCGACUCCUUUUCUACUGAGGACAGAAGAAAGAGCUGCAAGAAGGAAACAAAAACUUGAGGAGAAAUUCAAUGCAAAGGAGGUACAGAAAGUUCAGCUACAAACAAAAAUAAAGGAGAAAGCUGAAAUGGAGCUUAGGAAACUUCGACAAAGCUUUUGUUUCAGAGCUCGUCCCCUGCCUAAGUUCUACAAGGAAAGAGAAACAGCAAGAAAUCACACAAAAAAGACCCCGGUUAAACGUCCUCAGUCACCAAAACUUGGAAGAAAUCCCAGCAACAGCACAAUGCAAGACUUGGCGUCACAUCCAACCUCUACAUAUUCAGCCAAGAAUUCUUCUUACAAGUAUUCAGGAAAGAAGAACUGCCCAAAACCGAUAAAUUCUCAUACAUCAUCAACAGUAAUGUCUCGUGAUCAGAACGCAUCCCCAAAUAUACAACAUCAAUUUGGAGUCUCCCCCAACUGAAUGUUCAUAGAUCUAUAAUGUCUCUCAUUAGAUUAAUAACAUAGCUUUAACUUGUGUUAAAGCUAUGUAUACGCAAGGAAUUCCUACUUCCCGUUACAUGUUUUAUGAAGAGUUGAACCCUGUAGUCCAGUCUAAGUGUUCGAGUGUGAGCAUUGUUCCAUAUCGUAUCUGCCUUUGUACAUCAUAAGUAAAACUUUACAAAGUUUCAGGGUGACAUUCAAACCAGAUCAAUUUCAAAAUUAUAUUGCAGUAAGUAGUCUUUGCAAUUUGAAAUCGAAAAACUGCAGUUUUUUCUCA